GGCGCAUCGCUUCACUGCUGCUGCCGCUGCUGCUGCUUCACUGCUGCUGCUGCUGACACAGAAACACAGCUGUCCUGUACUUGAAAAGGAGGCAGAUAACUGACACAGCCACGCUUAACAUCUCAUUUGGAGGAAAUCGCGCUGUGGCGAUAGUUGCACUAAUAGAGCACCAGCUUCAAAAUGAUCAAAAAUGGACAUCACCACCACCAAGUGAACACACCAGCGGGGAAAGACGCAGGGACGACCCCCGGCGCUGCAGCUUGCAGUCCCGAGAAGAGGAGGCGAAGAAUCCGGGUGUGGUGCGAUGGGUGCUAUGACAUGGUCCAUUAUGGUCAUUCUAACCAGCUGCGGCAGGCCAAGGCCAUGGGAGAUUACCUCAUCGUUGGAGUACAUACAGACAGUGAAAUCGCAAAGCACAAGGGUCCGCCAGUCUUCACUCAGGAAGAAAGGUACAAGAUGGUACGUGCCAUAAAGUGGGUGGAUGAAGUCGUAGAAGGAGCGCCUUACGUCACCACCCUCGAGACCCUCGACAAGUACAACUGUGACUUCUGUGUGCACGGAGAUGACAUAACACUUACGGUGGACGGGAAGGACACAUAUGAAGAGGUGAAGAAGUCAGGACGCUACAGGGAGUGUAAGAGAACCCAGGGAGUUUCAACCACAGACCUGGUUGGCAGAAUGUUGCUGAUGACCAAAGCACACCACAGCAACAUUGAUAGUUCAGACUACCAGCAGCACACAGACAACUUUGGAAAGGGGUCACAUGGUCAGAAGGGCCACAGUCCCUGGACGGGGGUGUCUCAGUUCCUGCAGACUUCACAAAAGAUCAUCCAGUUUGCUUCAGGCCAGGAGCCUCAACCUGGAGACACCAUCAUCUAUGUGGCAGGAGCCUUUGACCUCUUCCACAUUGGCCAUGUGGACUUCCUGGAAGCAGUGCAUAAGCUCGCGGAAAAGCCAUACAUUAUAGUGGGGUUGCACUUUGAUCAGGAGGUGAAUCGUUAUAAAGGGAAAAACUACCCCAUCAUGAAUGUCCAUGAGAGAACGCUCAGUGUCCUGGCUUGUCGAUAUGUUUCGGAAGUGGUGAUCGGUGCACCCUUUGCUGUCACAAAAGAUUUGCUGGAUCAUUUCAAGGUGGAUCUUGUAUGUCAUGGAAAGACAGAAAUAUACCCUGACAAGGAUGGAUCUGACCCUUACGCUGAGCCGAGGAGGAAAGGAAUCCUGCGUACUGUUGACAGUGGGAAUAGCCUCACUACAGAUGCCAUUGUGCAGAGGAUAAUCAAAAACAGGCUGCUAUUUGAAGCAAGGAACCAGAAGAAAGAGGCCAAAGAGAUUGCUGUGAUCCAGGCCAUGAAGCGACAAGAGGAGGAAAAGACUAAAGAAAGAGCCCAAGCUGUGUUGUAGGAAGGCCCCAAAAUAAGCACCAUCAAUUAAGUGUCAACAUUACACUGACAAGCUCAAUUCAUCUAAUCUCAUGUACAGUAAAAUCUGCCCUUUUAUAAGUGUUACGACACCCUCCGCACAUGAUCUUGGCUAAUUACAGCAGUCCCUACAGCAGCCUGUUUUUAACCAGGAUGGCAUAAUCUGCUGUGGGAUCAUCAGGUAUGCAGUAUGUGUGUGGGGGAAUCAUCCUGUGUAUUAAUAUGUCCUGCAUAUGCAACUACUUGUUUAUGUCAAAUCACACAUCUAACUAUUUGUCCCGUCUAUAGCAGACAGAACAAUAGAGGAAGGCUGAAACAUAGAAGAUAUCACACUGUCUGUCUGUUUUAUGUUCUCGAAUAUUUUUUUAAUUCUUCAAGUACAUCUAUUUUUUUGCCUUUAGAACAUAAUGUUGAUGUAUUUUAUCAUGAGAUUUGGGCCCAUAAAGGGUAAGUGUAGGGACCUGAAAUGUUGGCUGAGGCAUUGAACUAUAACAAGGAAGUGACUUGAUUAGUCAUGUCCAUGGAGCUGUUGCUGUUUUCUGCCUAACAUACAAUCUGUCUAUGUUAUACUGUGUAUGUACUGUAUGUAUGUAUGUAUGUAUUACGAAGUGAUUGCAGGUUCUCUGGAGGAAACCACUAGAGAAAUGGAGGAGAACAUUUCCCUCCUGCUUCUCUGCGUCCAACUUGGGUUGUUUGGAAGUGAGAAGGUGUUGAAAAUUUGAUGGACUGCCAUGAGACCUCAUACCAGAACCUGCUCCAGACUGCACUGACUGCUCUAAACUGUUCUGUUUUACUGGUAGAGCAGGUUUUUAAAUCCAAAAUGCACACUGUCAAGACCUGCACACCUGGCCUUUUGAGUGCAUCAACCAGCACUCCUUAGAUUUAUCCUAAAGUAGAAAACAGUACAGAGUUUUAACAGACUGCUUUUAACAUUUUGUUUUCAUAGAAUAACUAGAGAUCUAUGACAUACGCUCAGUGUUGUUGACUUGAUCACAAACUAGACCUCUUACUGUCACUUUUGAGCACUGAACAAUUUAACCUCUGUCUCAAUAUCAAAUGGGAUUAAAUAAUAAUAUAUUUUUUGUAGAUGUAUAUUUUACUCACCUCCUCUCCAUUAACUACUGUAUAGAUGGUUUCAUAUUGUUUAAAAAGCAUAUUAAUAUGUCUGUAUGUCGAGUUGGAAUGUAUUCAGUGUAGGCUAUAAUCUAUGUAUGUUAUUGACAACUCCCAGUUGACAAAUACUGUAGAAAUGAAUUGGACUACAGUAUAUUAUU